AUCUCUUCCAUUCAUUCUUCUCUGCUCCAACUCAAAAGCUAACUGAGACUGAACUUUGAGUGCUGAGAGAUGUUGAAAGAGGAGACUAGUGAUGGUGGUGGGGAUGGCAGUAACAAUUGGGUACGAGUUUGUGACACAUGCAGGUCUGCUGCUUGCACGGUGUACUGUCGGGCGGACUCGGCUUACCUAUGUGCAGAUUGUGAUGCCCGAGUCCAUGCUGCUAACAGGGUAGCAUCACGCCAUGAGCGCGUGUGGGUGUGCGAGGCGUGUGAGCGUGCUCCAGCUGCCUUCUUGUGCAAGGCAGAUGCUGCCUCACUGUGUGCUUCAUGUGAUGCAGAUAUUCACUCUGCCAAUCCACUAGCGCGCCGCCACCAAAGGGUCCCAAUUCUUCCUAUUUCAGGCAGCCUCUUUGGCCCGGCGGCCAGUGACCAAGGUGGGAGGGGAGUAGCAUCAGCAGCAGAGACCGAGGACGAGCCUCUAGCUCCGGAUGGAGAGGAGACAAUUGGUGAUGAUGAGGAUGAGGAUGAGGCAGCUUCAUGGUUACUGCUAAAUCCUGGUAAGAAUAGCACCAACCAGAACAAUGGAUUCUUAUUUGGUGGAGAGGCCGAUGAGUUUCUGGACCUCGUCGAAUACAAUUCAAGUGCUGAUAAUCAAUACAACAAUCAUUACCAGCAGGAGCAACAUUAUACUGUUUCCCAAAAGAAUUAUGGGAGUGAUAGUGUCGUUCCAGUUCAAUAUGGAGAUGCCAAGAAUCAGCUCCAGCACCAACAACGCCAGAACUACCAGUUCAGCACGGAAUAUGGGUCCUCAAAAGCUAUGUACAGCUACGAUGGUUCAGUUAGUCACAGUGCAUCAAUUUCAUCAGCAGAUGUUGGUAUUGUUCCUGAAACAACGAGUGAUAUCUCAAUCUCGCACAUAAGGCCUCCAACAGGGACAAUAGACCUCUUCACUGGAACUCCUAUUCAGAUGCCACCCCAACUGACUCCAAUGGACAGGGAGGCCAGAGUCCUAAGAUACAGAGAGAAGAAAAAGACAAGGAAGUUUGAAAAGACAAUAAGGUAUGCUUCAAGGAAAGCAUAUGCAGAGACUAGACCACGGAUUAAGGGUCGGUUUGCAAAGAGGGCUGAUGUAGAGGUUGAAGUGGACCAGAUGUUCUCUACAACAUUCAUGCCAGAAACUGGAUAUGGCAUCGUUCCUUCAUUCUAAGUUCAGUCAGAAGAAGAAAAAAGAAACAGAAACCUCUCUACUAGGAUCAAGUUGUAUGACUUCUUAGUUAAGCUCUAUUGUUACUCUAUCAUUCUCAGCCUAAUUAGCCUGAAUUGAAAAGAUAUGUUUUUAGUGGUUUGGCUAAUUUCUCUCGACUUUGUGACUGCUAUUUUGUAAAUGCAUAUAUAUUUAUAAAUUUUGAAAUUUUAU